GUUAACGGCGCGAUUUUUCAAAAUGGUGGUGCGGAGGGAGAGAGGUUCCCGCCAGGCCCUGGAGCGGGGAAGGAGCGGCCUGGGGCACGGCGGCCGGAGGACGCGGCCAUAAUGGGGCGCCGGAGCCGCGCUUCGGAGAGGAAAUCAUAGAGCGGACGCGGGAGGAGCGACCGGCCGGCACCAUGGCGACCUGCAUCGGCGAGAAGAUAGAGGAUUUCAAGGUGGGGAACCUUCUGGGGAAGGGCUCCUUCGCUGGGGUCUAUAGAGCGAUAUCCCUAAAAACUGGCCUGGAAGUGGCCAUCAAAAUGAUAGACAAAAAGGCCAUGCACAAAGCUGGAAUGGUACAGAGAGUUCAAAAUGAGGUGAAGAUACAUUGUCAAUUAAAACAUCCUUCUAUACUUGAGCUUUAUAAUUAUUUUGAAGAUAGCAACUAUGUGUACCUGAUACUAGAGAUGUGUCACAAUGGAGAAAUGAGCAGAUAUCUAAAGAACAGAAUGAAGCCUUUCUCUGAGGAAGAAACACGACAUUUUAUGCAUCAGAUUAUCACAGGGAUGUUGUAUCUUCAUUCUCAUGGAAUAUUACAUCGGGACCUCACCCUUUCUAACCUUCUACUCACCAGUAAUAUGAACGUCAAGAUUGCUGAUUUUGGACUAGCAACGCAAUUGAAAAUGCCUCAUGAAAAGCAUUAUACAAUGUGUGGAACUCCAAAUUACAUUUCUCCAGAAAUAGCCACACGGAGUGCACAUGGACUUGAAUCUGAUGUGUGGUCUUUGGGGUGUAUGUUCUAUACUCUUCUUAUUGGGAAACCCCCUUUUGACACUGACACAGUCAAGAACACAUUGAAUAAAGUAGUAUUAGCAGAUUAUGAAAUGCCAGCUUUUUUGUCAGGGGAGGCUCAAGACCUUUUACACCGGUUACUUCGCAAAAACCCAGCAGAUCGUUUAAGUCUUUCAUCUGUGCUGGAUCAUCCUUUUAUGUCCAGAUAUAACUCAACACGAAGUAAAGAUUCAGGAACUGUGGAGGAUUCAAUGGACAGUGGAAAUGCCACAAUCUCUACAGCCUUUACUGGCUCCUCCAGUGUCAGUAUAAGUGGUUGCUUGAAGGAAAAGAAGAGGGUCUUGGUUGGUCAGCCACUCCCAAAUAAAAUGACUGUAUUUCCUAAAAAUAAGAAUUCAAGUGACAUUUCAUCUGUGGAUGGAAGCAGUUCUUAUAAUCGCUGGGGAAUUCAGGGAAAAGAAACUGGCAUAAGUGGUAGGGGAAGAACAAUGCAACUUACUGAAGAGAGGCCACAUUCACGUUAUCUUCGGAGGGCCCAUUCUUCUGAUAGGUCGGGAGCAUCUCGCAGUCAGACUCAAGGAAUAUCAAACACUGUGGAGAGAUGCCAUUCCAUAGAACUGCUUUCAACGACCAGAGUAGGAGUGAUGGAAAAUACAGAAAGAUUUUCACCUGUAAACAGCUAUGGUGAUAUUCCCCCUAUAUUUAAGGAUAAGACUUCCUGUAGUUCUGGUUCUUUUGAAAAGCACACAUCUCCACCUGUGAAAGACCAAACACACUCAAAUUAUCUCUGUCCAUUGAAGCCAGUAUUGGUUUUAUUAGAACAGAGUCAGACUGAAACAAUGCAGCAGUGGCUUGGAAGCAUACGGACAAAUGCUCAGCUGAGAGAGCCUCUGGAUCACAUCAGUACUGAUAACGCAAAUGGAGGUUUCCGAUACCAUCUAGGUGUGCAGCAAGAAACAUCAAGAAAUGCCUGGAAUGGCUUAAAAGAUAAAAAAAAUCCCAGUGCCCCCACUGACAUUGCACAUUCUAUAAAUCAGAUCAGUACAAAGAAAUAUACCUCUGGACUUCAAUGUAAAUCUGAGAAAGCUCAACCAGCAUCUGCAUUUGGUCUCUAUCCAACUUCAGAACAAGGAAAAGCCAGGGGCAAAGAACUAUUAGGACAUCAGAAACCUACACUGCGAAGUAUUGUGUCUCCUCUGAAUGCUCACAGGCUAAAAUCAAUCAGACAAAAAACAAAAAAUGCAGUGGUGAGUAUUUUAGAUGCAGGAGAAGUGUGUAUGGAGUUUCUAAAAGAACUCCAUUCCCAAGAGCUUGUGAAAGAAGUUCUCAGAAUAUCUUGUGAUGGAAGUGUGAUCACAGUUUAUCAUCCAAAUGAAGGAAGAGGCUUCCUUCUUGAUGAUGGACCUCCCUCUCCUCCUGAAGAUGUCGUUAUGUACAGCUUUGACAACUUGCCAGAAAAGUACUGGAAAAAGUACCAGUAUGCAGCCAAAUUUGUACAGUUGGUAAGAUCCAAAACACCAAAAGUUACCUUCUAUACAAGAUAUGCUAAGUGCAUGUUGAUGGAGAAUUCACCUAUUGCAGAUGCUGAAGUUUGUUUUUAUGACGGGGCAAAAAUACACAAGACAGCAGGUAUUACUCGAGUGAUAGAAAAAUCUGGGAAAUCCUACACUUUGAAAGAAGAAAGUGAAAGUGGCCUGAAGAAGGAAAUACAAAUAUAUAUGGAUCAUGCAAAUGAGGGACACCGUAUUUGUCUUGCAUUGGAAACUGCUGUUUUGGAAGAAGAAAAGAGAAGUGGAAGUGUUCCCUUUUUUCCAAUAAUUGUUGGAAGGAAGCCAGGCAACACUGAAUCUCCAAAGGCUUUGGCACCUCCCUCUAUUUCAGUGGAUGUAAACUGCACAGUGAGAGAUGCUACCUCAGUGGAUAGAAAUAUAGCUGUGAACUCUACUCCUUGUCAUGUUCCCAGCAUAAAUCCUUCUAUAUCCUAUGAAGGCUCUGCAUUCACAACUACCAUUCCUGAAACAACUUGCUCGUCCAAUCAGCAAAAGGAAUGUAGUCCAAAUUCAGCCCAGCUUUUAAAAUCUGUUUUUGUGAAAAAUGUUGGUUGGGCUUCUCAGUUGACUAGUGGAGCAGUGUGGGUUCAGUUCAAUGAUGGAUCCCAGUUGGUAGCACAAGCAGGUGUUUCUUCUAUCACUUACACAUCUCCAAAUGGCCAGACAACUAGGUAUGGAGAAAAUGAGAAAUUACCAGAAUACAUCAAAGAGAAGCUGCAUUGUCUGUCUUCAAUUCUUGUGAUGUUUACCAAUCCAUCUGGCCCCCACUGACUAACAUAAAGCAACUCUUUGGGCUUGAAGGUUUAAUAAAUAACUUGCUGGCAUUCAAGUAAAGUGACUGGUUUACUCAGUUUACCAGAAACUUUUACAGUUCAGAAUUCUACUCCGUGAUGUCUGCUAAACAGCAGGAAGGAAAGUGUUGCUGUUACAGCUAGCCAGUCAUGUAAUACUUUCCUCCGAUAGAGGACACACAGUUGUUCUACGAAACAGAUUCUGGGCAAUCUCUGAGACUAACUGAUUUUUCAGGUAAAGAAUUCCUGAACAAUCAAUUAGAAUUGUACAUAGUGUUUGUUUUCUCUGUGUGUGUAUGUGGUUUUUUUUUCUCCUCCCCACUGCUCAGUCAAUGCUGGCCAUCAAAGAAAAAGCAUUUGUGCUGUUGAAAUAUUUGUACCUGUAAAUAAGUUGUAUUUUAUGUGGCUUACAAGUAAUAUAUGUAAAAAUAUAUAUUGUUUUAUACUUGUUUUAUAUUUUUAUAGCAACAGUUUCUAAUGAAAUUUCCCUGCAAAAGCAUUUUAUAAAACAAAAAAUAAUAAAUGCAGUGGUAAUUGUCCAGAUGACUUGGUUCAUUUAACAAAACCAUUGCCUAGGGCAUUCUCAGAUGAUGGGGUGUGUGUGAGAGAGAGAGAGAGAAAAGGUACAACUUUAGCGGUACCAUUCUGAUACUGAAUGUUUUAUACCAAUAAAAUAAAAACCAUCAGGAUCUUAUUAAAGGGAAUAAGGUAAAAUGCCACAUUUAUUGUGAAUACAGAAAGAAUCAUCGUAAGCAGUUAUAGCUAUAACAUUCCAUUCAAUUUCAUAUUUAUUAACACAUUCAUACACACACAAAGGUUCUGCAAGGUUAUCAUAGUUACCAGCCUUAGAAUUGCUCGUGCCAAGCAACUGGCCAGGUGGCCUAGACAUGAGGAGGAAGCAGGGCCUUAUCAGAUGCUCAUCUGAUGCUCCUGGAAGUUGGUUUGCAGAAUCAGACCUCAAAGUUCUCAGUUUCUAGAGUCCAUUUUUAUAGGAAUUUAUUCCUAUGUCAGUCUAUGGGAAUUGCUUCAUCAUGCUGUUGCUGAAUCAAUCAGCAGAUGGCACAUUCCUGACAGCUCCGUAUUCUUCGGUUCUCCCAUUCUUGAGGCUGUUGAGUGGAUUCCAGUCUGCCCUCCGGGGGUCCUCUGGUUGUUUCCACUUGACACCUUCUUCGGCCGAUGGACACUGGAUUCUUAGGCUGGCACCUCCCUGAUCAUUCAUUUAUUAUCCACACCAAGCAUCCAUCCACAGACAUCCUCUCUCUCUAUUUUAAUCACAAUUGUUAAAGUGAGAUAAAUACAACAAAAGGGCGGGGAGUCUGUGUGUGAGUAGUUGUUGUUACAAAGUAUUGCUCUGAGAACAGACUCUGUCUUAGGAUGUACUAACACAAUUAGCAGCUUGCAAGUUUCACACAGAGAGGGAGAGAAACAGUAAAAAUGAGACCAAAAACCAAGAGACCUCUUAAUUAGUAAUUUAAACUAUGGGGAAUCAAACUCAUUUGUGAUUUUAAUACAUUUAAUCUUUAAUAUGAUCCAACAUAAUGUCCCUGGGCACAUCACCUCUGAUUGAAUCCAAGGGUGUAUAAGGACUAGAAAAAGUGCAGCAAAUUGUUGUCCAAAUGCCAGGCUUAUAAGGCCACCCUACUUCUAACUUGCAUGCUGAGAAGCUGAAAAAAAUUCAAGUUGCACCUACUUAUGAUCAUUAUGUCUACCUACUUUAUUUGGGUAUAGAUCACCUCUGCAUUUGGCCUAGUACUAUGCUGAAUUCUUCUCAGACUUACUAUGUGGGGAAAAAAAUCAGAAAUUCUGUUAAGUACUAUGCCAGUUACUUUUUACAUUGUAAAUGCUGUUGUAGUUCAAAGUAUAGCUACAUGUAGUUUUUUUCAUAAUUAAGACAAAAUUUCAAGAAUUUUUAUCAUGUACUGGGAAGCGUGGUCUAAGAAUCAGCUAUGUAAGUGGUGUCAACCAAAGAGCUCAAGUUUCUCUGUUUAAUUUAUUUUAAAUCUGAACAUACUUCUGGAGUGUCAUUUUAAUUCUAGCUAGCUUCUUAGGCAAAAUGAAUUAGUACAGAUAAGCAAAAAAUACAGCAACACACUAUUUUUAAUAGAGGUCAAAGAUCCUUAAAACUGGAAAAAGUAUAAACACUCAAAUAUUACAUGUUCUAGAGCAGGAAGAACCUACUUGUCAAACUUUCUGCAUUGUAACUAGAAAAUGCAGAAUGUCUAAAAGUGAAGUCUUUCUAAAGCAGGUAAUAUCUCAAAUUAUAAUAAUAAAGCUGUUAGAAGAAUGUCUUAAACUUAAAUUAGCUAUUGCCACUGUGGAAAAGUAUAGCUUUAUUGAUAUGUCAGAUCAGUGUCAGGAUAAGGAAGGAUUAUUGUUGGUUGUGGAAUUUGUAAUUAACUGAAUUAGUUACACUAUUCAUUCAACUGGUGGAAGGUGCCACUGGCCUAAUAUAUUAACCUCCUCUCCAUCAAAACUGAGCUUGCUCAUGGUUGGUUCAUACCCUGGAACUAGCAACAAGCAGUUGUGGAGCAGAACAAAAUGGAGAAAGCUGGCAGGACUACAUCUGCCUUGACUGUGUUGUAUUGCUAGGCUUGUAUAUACCCCCAGUCAGUCACAUGUUCACCUGAAAGUGUAUGUUUUUGGGGGGGGGGGUUAGAAGCCUCAAACUUUCAUAUCUAAACAGUGAAAGUGUGGUUGGCCAGUCUUGGAAGGACUUGGACCAGGAGGGUGGGGGGUCCUAAAAGAGUGGCAAUCUGAAAUUUGUCCCAAUAUUAAUAAAAACAAACAUUUUUCAACUUUCAUUUAAGAUAGCCAGUAUGCACAUGCAUUACUUGAAAACUUGUUUGUGAAAUAUUCCAAUUUUGUGGGUUAUUCAGUAAGAUGUCUAUCUUCAAGUGCUUAUGUAGUUUACAAGUACAAUUCCCAUUUUGUGUAGUCAUUCCACCCA